CGGUAAAUUUACUGUGCGGUAACUUUCCAUCCAAUUGCACUAACUCGCCACUUAAGUUAGUGCACGGAAUAUUCCGCAUUCUGAUCCGGUGAUUUUCCUUCCUAACGGACAGUCUAUUGUCAAACAGAAACAAAAAAGAAACAAAAAUGGAUUCUCUUGCAAGGAAGGUCAUUGUAGUAGGAGCUGGGCCAGUGGGAGCCCUCGCCGCGUUGUACUUUUCGCAUGCAGGGUGGGAGGUCGAGGUUUAUGAGCUUCGGGGUGACCUCCGCCUUCCGGAAAACCUUUCCUUGAAUUUCAGCAAGAGCAUCAACCUCGCCCUCUCGGAGCGUGGAAUCAAUGGACUCCGGAAUUUGGGCGAUGGGGGGAAACUCCUCGAUGAGGUGCUAUCCAUGACGAUACCUAUGUACGGCCGCAUGAUACAUACCGGGGUGCCUGGUGAGAAGGGGGAAAGUCAGAAGUACGAUGUUCGUGGAAGGUUUAUUCGUUCAGCAGACCGGGCGAGACUUAAUGUCCAGCUGCUGGACGCUUUGGUGUUGAAGGAUGUUAAGCUGUUUUUCCACCAUGGGUUGAGGGGGCUCAACCUCGAUGAUCGGACGGCGGAGUUUGAGAUGAUUGGGACUGGGGAGAGAGUUACGGUCGGGGCGGAUUUGAUUAUUGGAGCGGAUGGGGCACAUUCCGCUACUCGAAGGUUACUGCAGAAGAGUGUUCGUAUGUAUUUCGAGCAGGUAUAUAUUGAGACUCUAUGGCAGGAAUACGAGAUUCCGCCGGAUAAGGAGACUGGGGACUUUAAGAUUGAUGCGAAUCAUUUGCAUAUCUGGCCGAAGAAAGAUUUUAUGUUUAUUGCUAUUCCUAGCAUUGAUAAAACGUUCACUUGCACAUUGUUCAUGGAGCAGUGGAGAUUUGACGCUAUCGGGGAAAGUAGGGAGAAUCUACUCGCUUUCUUUAGGGAGAACUUUGAGGAAGUGAUCGAUCUUGUGGGCGAGGAUAGCUUAGUUGAGCAGUACCUGAGCCACCAAAGACUGCCGUUGAUCAGUAUUAAGUGCCGGCCAUAUCACUACAAAGAUCGCUGCGUGAUAAUCGGCGACGCCGCCCAUGCAAUGGUCCCCUUCUACGGCCAAGGCAUGAACGCAGGGUUCGAAGAUGUGAGUGUGCUUUUUGAGCACAUCAGAAGACACCCGGACUCCAUGGCCGAUGCCCUAGCCUCGUACUCCGCGUACAGAAUGCCGGACGGCCACAUGAUCAACGAACUUGCGAUGCAAAACCACAUCGAGAUGCGCGCCGCCGUCACCUCGAAGGGCUACCUUUUCAGAAAAGCUAUCGAGGAGGCAUUGUACGCAUAUGUGCCCUGGCUUGGAGUCAGGACGAUGUACAGCAUGAUCAGUUUCUCGAACAUCAGGUACACGGAGGUGGUCAAUAGGACGAGGCGGCAGAGAGUGUGGCUGAAUGCUGUUGCAACGGCCCUGCUUGUUGGGGGUGUUAUGAGCGGUCUGUGGGGAGCUAAUAGACUUGGGUUGAGGAAAGUGGGUUAG